AUGGCACAACCUUAUAGAAUUCAGGGUAGCAGAAGUGGUAAGCGAAUUUUGCCACAAAGCAUACAAGACAACACAGGAGUGGCACGAAAUCGUUUAAGUCGUAGAGGAGAUAGAAUUUCACGAACGACAAGUUCUAAAAAUUCGUGUCGGAGAGACGUAAUUAGCUUCAGCAUUGAAGAAGCGGGAGAAACGUCGAUGAAUAGUAAUGAACCAGCAUCUACGGUUGAGAAGAUGAGGAAGAGCCAAACUAAAGAAGAACGCGAAUAUUCACCAUCACCACGUGAAGGAUUCACAACAAAUUUGGAUAAAGAUACGAUUGUGAUUUGCUCUAGAUGA